AUGUCUCGAAACGUGCUAGACCAAGACUUCGGGUCUGAAGAGGAGGACGACGACUUCAACCCCGCUCCUGCGGAUGACUCCGGGGAUGAAGAUACUAAGGCUGCGCGUCGCGCUCCAGACGAUGACGACGAUGACGAUGACGAGGAGGAAGUGAACACUGGGCGGAGUGGAAGGCAACGUGCUGGCAGUGAAGACAACGCCGGAAGGGGCGCUGAUGACGAUGAGGAGGGCGAGAAUGACGACGAAGAGGAGGAAGGGGAUGAAGAGGAUGAAGACGAAGAGGAAGAGGAGGAGGAUGAUGACGAGGAUGCCAAUGCUGGACGGCCACGGAAGCGCAGACGCAAAGCCGGUGUGCACUCGUUCUUCGAAGAAGAAGCCGGUGUCGACGAGGAUGAGGAUGAGGCUGAAGAUGACGAGGACGAACUGGCGGAAUUCGGUGGAGAGAUGCACCCGGAUGAUAUGGACGCCCUGCCUGUCGGUGCUGAAACGGACGACCGCCGACACAGACAGCUUGAUCGUCAGCGUGAACUGGCAGCCAGCAUGGAUGCGGAGAAACAGGCACAGAUGCUCAAGGAGCGCUAUGGACGGAACCGCGCUGCGGCUACUGACGCAGUGGUUGUUCCAAAGCGACUGCUUCUUCCUAGUGUGGACGACCCUAGCAUCUGGGGUGUUCGCUGCAAGGCCGGUAAGGAACGUGAAGUCGUAUUCUCAAUCCAGAAGCGUAUUGAAGAGCGACCUCCGGGAUCUCGAAACCCCAUUAAGAUCAUGUCGGCUUUCGAACGUGGGGGUGCUAUGGCCGGUUAUAUCUAUGUUGAGGCGCGCAGGCAGGCCGAUGUCAUGGAUGCACUACAGGACAUGACCAAUGUGUAUCCGAGGACGAAGAUGAUCUUGGUCCCAGUGAGAGAGAUGCCCGACCUCCUUCGAGUACAGAAGUCCGAAGAGCUCAUGCCUGGUGGCUGGGUUCGUAUCAAGCGUGGUAAAUACCAGGGCGAUCUGGCACAGAUUGAGGAAGUCGAAACAAACGGCUUGGCAGUGACAGUGAGACUGAUUCCGCGUUUGGAUUACGGAAUGAACGAAGAUAUCGGUGCCCCUAUUUCCGAUCCGAAGAGGAAGCGCCCUGGCAUGAACCCAGCAGUGGCACGGCCUCCCCAGCGUGCGUUCAGUGAAGCUGAGGCCAAGAAGAAGCAUGCAAAGUACUUGUCUGCCACGUCUGGUUUGGGUGGAAAGUCGUGGAACUAUCUCGGCGAGACAUAUGUGGAUGGCUUCUUGAUCAAGGACUUGAAGGUUCAACAUCUUAUCACGAAGAAUGUCAACCCUCGACUCGAGGAAGUCACCAUGUUUGCUCGCGGCUCCGAGGAUGGCACCUCGAACUUGGAUCUGGCUUCCUUGGCUGAGACGCUGAAGAAUUCUGCUGCUGAAGACUCCUACCUGCCCGGUGACCCGGUGGAAGUGUUCCGAGGUGAACAGCAGGGCUUAAUCGGUCGCACAAGUUCUACUCGAGGAGACAUCGUGACUCUGCUGGUUACGGAGGGCGAUCUGGCUGGGCAGACAAUCGAUGCGCCUGUCAAGUCCCUUCGCAAGCGCUUCAGAGAGGGUGACCAUGUCAAGGUUAUUGGCGGCAGCAGAUACCAGGAUGAGCUGGGUAUGGUGGUACAGGUCAAGGACGACACAGUGACAUUGCUUAGCGACAUGAGCAUGCAGGAAAUCACAGUCUUCAGCAAAGAUCUCCGACUAUCUGCUGAGACUGGUGUAGAUGGAAAGCUGGGCAUGUUCGACGUUCACGACUUGGUGCAAUUAGAUGCUGCCACCGUUGCUUGUAUCGUCAAGGUUGACCGGGAGUCCCUGCGAGUACUGGACCAAAACGGCUCUAUCCGGACGAUUCUUCCCACACAAGUCGCGAAUAAGAUCACUCCCCGCAAAGAUGCUGUGGCUACGGAUCGCAAUGGCGCAGAGAUUCGCCAUGGAGAUACGGUUCGCGAGGUCUACGGCGAACAGAGAAACGGCGUGAUUAUCCACAUUCACCGUUCAUUCCUGUUCUUGCAUAACAAAGCACAAGCCGAGAACUCUGGUAUCGUGGUUGUCCGCACCACCAACGUUGUUACCGUCUCAGCCAAGGGCGGCAGAUCCACCGGACCUGAUCUCACAAAGAUGAACCCGGCUUUGAUGAGGAACGGUGUGCCUGGUGGUAUGAUGGGCCCUCCCCAAAAGAGCUUCGGCCGUGACAGAAUGAUCGGUAAGACUGUCAUGGUUCGCAAAGGACCGUUCAAGGGUCUUGUUGGUAUCGUCAAGGACUCUACAGAUAUGCAGGCUCGUGUGGAGCUGCAUUCUAAAAACAAGUUGAUCUCCAUACCCAAGGACAUCCUCGUCGUCAAGGACCCUGUCACAGGACAGACGAUAGACAUGGGUCGUGGCCGGGGAGGACCGCGCGUGCCGCAUGGAGGAUCUGGAGGGCCUCCCUCUGCCUGGCAAGGCGGCCGUACCCCAAUGGGAGCUGGAGAUUCGUCCCGGACGCCAGCCUGGGGCGGUCCCUCAUCAUCAAGAACACCCGCCUGGGCCGGCAUGGGCGGUUCCCGCACCCCAGCCUGGAAGCAAGACGGCUCCCGAACCUCCAAUCCCUACGAUGGCAGCCAAACCGCCUACGGAGGCUUCGGCUCACGUACACCCGCCUGGAAUGCCGGAGCCCGCACUCCCUACGUUGGCUCUGGCAACAGUGACUUCGACGCCUUCGCCGCUGGCUCCCGAACCCCCGCAUGGGGCUCCUCGAACGCCGGUAACCGCACUCCCGCCUGGGCCGGAGCCAGCGCCAGCAACGGCACCAAGGACCGUGGCUACGAUGCUCCAACUCCUGGAGGCUAUUCUGCUCCUACCCCCGGCGCCUACGGAAGCGCACCCACCCCUGGUGUUUCCGCACCCACGCCCGGAGCUUGGGCAGAUAGUGCCCCGACCCCGGGUGCCUUCAACGCGCCCACCCCCGGCGACGCAUCAAAGCGACCCUACGACGCACCUACGCCAGCGGCUUUCGACAACGCUGGCGGUAGUCGUCCAUAUGAUGCUCCCACACCAGCUCUGGGCGGCUCUGCCGCGACACCAGGCGCAGGUGCAUACGGAGAUGGUGACGAUGGCGGUCCGCGAUAUGAAGAGGGGACACCCAGUCCUUGA